AUGAAAAGGUAUAGUAUUGGAAAACGAUUUAAAAAGCUUAAGGGAAUGAAUAAAGCUGAUCCCGAUGCAAUAAUACCUGAAACUCCAAAAUUAAUAGAAGAUUUUAUUGAAUCUCUGAAUUAAUAAGGAGCUGUGAUUAACAAAGUUAAAUAUGCAAUUUUUUAAACAAAAAACAUAGGUUUUAAAGGGGAGUCAAAUGACUGUCUAGUAGUUAGAAGAGUCUCUCUUGGAAGAGUGACAAGAUUGUCAUUUGGUACAAUAAUUUCAGUUGCUUAAUUACUAAUGUUAAAAUACCAAUAAGGCCUGGGUAUUUUAAACCAUUUCUAGAAUUUCUAUAAAUUUUUAGCCCACAAUUUAUGCCUUCAUGGUAAUAUAAUAUAAUACUAACAUAUUUGCUUUAUGAAUAUUAAAAAGGUCCUUUAUCAAAAUGGCAUCUACUUAUUAAUAAUUUUCCUAAAGAUAUAGAUAAAUGCAGUCUAUUGGAAAUAAGAAGAUUUAGAAUUGUUAUAAGAUAAAUAAAUGGCAAAGCAUGCUAAAACAAAGAAUGGAUAUCUUAUUGCCACAUUUUAAACUAUUUAAUAUAUUGCACGUAAAUUCCCUUCUCUCUUCAAACCAGGAAUUGUAACAUUAGAAAAUAUUAUUUGGAUUCACACAAGCAUUGUUACAAGAUGCUUUGGAGGUCAGGGUCUGAAGUAUGUUACUAUGGUACCAUUUUGUGAAUUAUUUAAUCAUGAGAGUGCUGAUGUUUGUUACGAUCUUCAAUAAAAUGAUGGAAGUACAAAGUAUGGUUAUGAGUUUAUGACUUAAAAAUUAAUUAAAGAACAGAAUGAAGAUGAUGAAUUGUCUGUAGAUUCUUUUGAUAAUUCACAACAUUCAGAGGAUGAUAUUAGCGAUUCUGAAUAUAUUACUGGAGAUUAUAAUGAAUAUUAAGAAUUUGAUUUUGAUGGAUUUACAAAAAAAACUACUUUAGAAUAUUAAGAAAACUUAAGAAAUAUACCCUAAGUUUAAAAAUAAUAAGAAUUAUACACAAAAAUGACUAAAGAGUUUAAUAUAAAAUUCAAUAUUUAAAGAGAUGUUUUCUAAUUAGCUAUUGAUUCUAUAGCAAUCUUAUUUUAAAAUCUUGAUUUUGGUGAUAAUUUUUCUACUUGUUUUUAGGGUAUAUUUUCAAUGUCUUGGAUACAAAUAUAAAAGAUUAUUUUGAUGAAAAAAUAUCUUCUUUUUAAGCUAGAUAAGUUUUUGAAAAAAUCAAAACAAUUUGUACUCAAUAUUUAGAUAAUUGGUACACAUUUAAUAAUGUUGUCAAGAAAAAUCCUAUCUUAAAAAAAAAUUAAUUUUUUUGCCUAAAAAAUUGACCAAAAACCAAUCAAAAUCAUUCCAACUGUUGAAUUAUUAUUAUCGAAGCCUAUAGAUCGAAACUGCGAUUAUUAUAAAAAUGUUUGGGAGAAAGAGAAUUUUUAAAAUCUACUAAUGAGAACAAGAGAUUAUUUUGAAAAAGGAUCUCACGUUUAUUUUUGUUAUAGCCAACUAUCAAAUAGAAUGAUGAUCCUCAAAUAUGGAAUGGCUUUAGAAUACAAUAAAUUUAAUAGCACUUUUUGAGAGUUGAAUAUUUUGAAUAUUUUAAUCAAAAGUAAGCCAUUUGGCUAGCACAUCAAUUUAAAUUAGAUAAAUAUAAACGAUUUAAACUUAAAUUUAUAAAGCCGCCUUAUGAAUUAAUUAUUUUCUGUAAAUUAGUUUAUUGGUAAUAUAUAAUUAAUUAGAAAGGAAAGGAUUAUCUUUAGCUCUUAUUAUACUUGAAAAAGAAAAUAAUAAAUUCCCAGAAAAAAUAGAAGACCUUGAAAAAUAACUUUUUGAGAAAUCCUUAGGAUAUCAUGAAUAUUUUGCGUUAGUUUACAGAUUAGAGAGAUUAAGAAUCUAUCAUUAUAAUAUUAAGUAAUUAUAUUACACUAAAGUAGUCUAAUUAAAAUUAUGAUUGUAGUUCUUGACAAACUAAUGAAAGGAGCUACAUUUGAAAAAGCUAUUGAGAAAACAGAGUAUGAUUUUGAUUUUUACUAAACUAAUCGUCACACAUUAAAGAGAUAUUUUGAAGAAUUGAAAUGUGUUAUGAAAAAAUCAAAAUGA